AUGAUUCUGAAUCGCCUCAAACUUGCCCUAGGUGCCGUUUUGGCUACCGGCACUACCGGUCUUGCAACGAAGCCCGACGUCUACGACUAUGUCAUCAUUGGCUCAGGCCCGGGAGGAGGAUCCCUUGCAGUCAUCAGUGCCAACUUAGCUAGAGAGGGUCACUCCGUCUUUCUGAUCGAAGCGGGAGGAGACAACCAUACUAGUAUUCUUGAGCAACUCCCUGCAUUGGCCCGAACUGCUGCCGAGACUCCCGGACACUCGUGGCAGUUCUUCGUCAAUCACUACGAGGACUUUGAUGCGGCUCGUCGUGAUCCCAAAUACACUUAUAUCCAGACCAAUGGCUCGUACUACGUUGGCCUUGAUCCGCCCGAGGGUGCUAGACCUGCCGGCUUAUACUAUCCUCGCGGCUCAACCCUCGGUGGUAGUGCGCAAGUCAACGCCAUGAACUUUGCCUGGUCCCCCGAUAACGAGUGGGACUACAUCGCCAAUCUCACGGGCGACUCCUCUUGGGGCCAUGAGCAUAUGCGUCGGCAUCUGAUGAACCUCGAGAACUGCACCUACGUACCGCAGGGUACUCCUGGUCAUGGAUUUGAUAGUUACCUGGUGAACGAUCAGAGUAACGCAACGGUCAAUAUCGGAUCCCCUAAUGUUGCCAACUUCUUUUCACAGAUGUUUCGUGAGACCGAAGGCAUUGAUGUCGAAGAUCCCGCCGAAAUGGCCGAGCUUCUUCGCCGUGAUCUCAACGGCCCUGAUCCCAGCCGCUACGAAAACGGUCGCAUGUACAGCACACCCGUCGCAAUUGAUCCCGGCACAGCUGCAAGAAGUGGUGCUGGUAUCUACAUCAACCAGGUCAUCGAUGCCGGACACCCAUUGACUGUCAGCUUUCAUUCUCUGGCGACACGAGUUCUUACCAAACAGGGCCGUAACAAGAAGCCCCGCGCUUAUGGUGUGGAGUAUAUGGUUGGAGAGGGGUUGUACUCUGCUGACGGACGAUAUGAUCCUGAGCAGACUGGUGAGACUCGGGAGGUCCAUGCUAAACACGAGGUCAUUGUCUCUGGUGGUGCGUUCAACACUCCUCAGAUCCUUAUGCUGAGUGGUAUUGGCCCUCGUGAGGAGUUGGAGGCUUGGGAUAUCCCUGUUGUUGUCGACCUACCUGCUGUUGGCUCUAACCUGCAUGAUAACUACGAGGUCCCCGUCCAAAUUCGCGGUGAAGAGAAUUGGCUGGUCCCGCGUGAGUCUCCAUGUACUGGCACGUUCGACGACGAAGACCCCUGCUUCGUACUCUGGCGAGACGACGCUUCGGGACCAUAUGCAUCACGCGACAGCAGCUACGGCGCCGUCUGGCAAAGCAGCCAAAGCUGGGACAAUGACUCGGACCUCAUGUUCCUCAGCAGUCCCGGCCUCUCAGGCUUAGUAGGCUUCUACCCAGGCUACUCAACUGGCGCCAGGGCUGGCAAUGAUCCCGCAGAGUGGAUGCACGCUGUUGUCAAGAUGCAGACCAGCAACAGCGCCGGUACCGUUCGACUCAACUCAUCCGAUCCUCGCAUUCGACCUAAUAUCAACUUCAACUACUUCGCCGAGUCAGCUGAGCGUGAUCUCGACGCUAUUGUUGAAGGAAUUGAGCUCCUCAGAAGGGCAUUUGACGCGACUGGUGUUCCGUAUACGCAGCUCAGUCCUGACCCCGAGAAUCUGAGACAGAGUAUCCAAGACUUGGCAUUCAGCCAUCACGCCUCCUCAACCUGCGCCAUUGGAGCUGAUGACGAUAAAAAUUCUUGUGUUGACUCGAGGUUUCGCGUGCGUGGCGUUGAUAAUCUACGCGUUGUUGACGCGUCUGUCUUUCCUCGAAGCCCUGGCGGUAUGCCCAAUGGUCCGACUUGGACUAUAUCUCGCAAGGCUUUUGAGACACUUUUGCAGGAUAACCAUUAA